AUGAGACCCUUUGCAAGUAUCAAUGUCUUUGCUUGUGUCUUUACAUUCAUACUAUGGGAUAAUAUCCAGCCAACUGAGGAAAAUGAAUUUAUUGCAAAUUAUUCAAGCAGUUUGCUAUCUAAUGUUCCAGAGAACAUUCCAGUCCAUACUCAUGUAUUAGAUUUAUCACAUAAUAGGAUCUCUGGACUCAGUAUCUCAGAAUUUAUUUCUCUUUCUGACCUUCAAGUAUUAAAUCUUUCUCAUAAUCUAAUUACAGAGCUUGACUUUAGUAUCUUCAUUUUUAAUGAAGAUUUAGAAUACUUAGAUUUAUCUCAUAAUAAUGUUUUGAAAGUUUACUGUCAAACUCUUGCAUAUCUUCGACAUUUAGAUCUUUCUUUCAAUAAGUUUCCUUCCCUGCCCAUCUGUCAGGAAUUUGGGAACAUGUUUAAUUUGGAGUACCUAGGAUUAAGUGCCAUGAUGAUACGAAGGUCAGACUUCAGGUAUAUCACACAUUUGCAGCUGCACACUGUCUUCCUAACCUUAGAAGAGUUUUCUGGGUAUGAGCCUCAGAGCCUGACAGCCUUGAAUACAAGGAGCCUCCACAUUGUUUUUGCAGUAAACCAAAGCUUCAAUUUUCACCUCUUGUAUGAUGGCAUGAGCACUUCAGAAAACUUAAAAAUAGUUAACUUAAGAUAUACCUCGAAGUACAAAGAUUUUCUCUCUCCUUCUUUAACACUUCUGAAGGAAAUCAAGACAACAGCCCUGAUGCUUGACAUUGUAGACUUACAAUGGGCUAUCAUUUUACAAUUUUUCCUGCUUAUUUGGUAUUCACCUGUGGAACAUUUGACCGUGAGAAAUUUGACUUUUCGAGGACCGCUGGGGGAGCUGGCUGAAUAUGAAUUUCUAUCCUUAUUAAGCUCCCUGGAACAAUUAAUCUCUUUGAGUGGCUCCAUGAAAACAUUAACUUUGGAGCACGUUCGCAAUAAGCUUUAUUAUUUCAACCAGGAGAUUUUAUACAGACAGUUUUCAGAGAUGAAUAUUGCCAGUUUGACAAUAUAUGAUGCAUAUAUGCCACACAUGCUUUGCCCCAGUAGAACAAGCUUAUUUCAGUAUUUAAAUUUUUCUCACAAUGCCCUGACGGAUGAAUUGUUCCAGAAUUGUGGCACUCUGACAGAUCUGAAGUUACUUGUUUUGCAAAGAAAUAAACUUGAAAGCCUU